AUGACGGACGCCACAGAAGGAUACUCCGGCAAGGAGCAGGUCAUCGACCAGAUCCCCAAGCGCAUCAAGUCGCUACAGUUUGGCCUCCUCAGCCCGCCCGACAUUGUCGCUCAAUCAGUCGUACCUGUCGCCGACCGCAAUCUCUAUGACAUCUCGGAUCGUCCGGGUGGAGGCCGCUCCAUUACCAAGCACGGUCCCCUCGAUCAACGCCUGGGGACAUCUUCAAAGACGGGAAUAUGUGGCACAUGCGGUCAAGGGCUAAAGGAAUGCAACGGGCACUUUGGUCACGUGAAGCUGGCACUACCAUGCUUCCACUACGGCUACUUGAAGAGGACGAUUGAAGCGCUCAAUUGCGUAUGCAAGGACUGCAGUCGGGUCUUGCUUCCCGACAAAGAGAAGAGGAACUACCUCAAGACUCUGAGAAGGCCGGGCUUGGAUGGCCUGCGGAAGGAUGUUAUUAUCAAAAGGAUAUCCGGCGAGUGCAGGAAAGUAAAAGUCUGCCCGCAUUGCUCUGCUCUCAAUGGCCCGGUCAGAAAGGUCCCUGGCCAUCCGAUCAAGAUGUUCCACAACAAAUAUGCCGCCUACUACAACUCGAACGCCAGGUCCAAGACCAAACCUGCCGACAUGGAGAGUUUUGAGAGCACCUUCACAGAGGCCAAGAAGUUCAUCCCAGAGGUAGAACGCCACAUGAGGAGAGCUGCCGACGACCUUACGCCCCUUCGAGUGCUGAACAUCCUCAAGAAGGUGCCCAAUGCAGACAUCGAGCUCCUUGGAAUGGAUCCAAAUAACAGAGGGAGGCCUGAGUACAUGCUUUGGACACAUGUUCCCGCGCCUCCAAUCGCCAUCCGCCCUUCAGUCGCACAAGAAUCUGCCAGUACUGAAGACGACAUUACCAACAAGCUGGGUGAUAUUGUUCAGAUCAACAGCCUAAUGACAGCCGCAAUCCAAGCUGGUCAGCCGCUUCACAAAGUCAUGGACAUGUGGGAGUUCCUACAAGUCCAGAUCGCAAUGUACAUCGAUGGUGCCCUGCCUGGUCUUGGCAAAGACAGCAACUAUGGUAAAGCCAUGCGUGGAUUCUGCCAGAGGCUGAAGGGUAAGCAAGGUCGUUUCCGUGGAAACCUUUCUGGAAAGCGUGUCGAUUUCUCUGGACGUACUGUCAUCUCUCCCGACCCAAACCUGGCUAUCGAUGAAGUUGCAGUCCCUUCGCGGGUGGCUGUCAACAUGACUUACCCCGAGCGCGUGACGAAGCACAAUUUUGAGAAACUCAAGGCUUGCAUUCGGAGAGGCGACCGAGUCCACCCCGGAGCGAACUACAUUGUCAAGGGUCGAGACCGCCGAAGAAUCGUGCUGCGCAUGGUGGCGAUGAAGGGUGACUUGAAUAAAGUUGCAGAACAACUAGAGAUCGGCGAUACCGUGGAGCGGCAUCUCGAAGAUGGCGAUAUCGUCCUCUUCAAUCGCCAGCCUUCUCUACACAAACUGUCUAUCCUAUCUCACCGCGCCAAGAUUCGACCGUGGCGAACAUUUCGCCUGAAUGAAUGUGUCUGCAAUCCUUACAACGCAGAUUUUGACGGCGACGAGAUGAACUUGCACGUCCCGCAGACCGAGGAGGCACGAACAGAAGCCACAGAACUGAUGGGCGUAAAGCACAACCUUGCCACGCCAAAGAACGGGACUCCCAUCAUCGCAGCUAUCCAGGACUUCAUAACAGGUGCUUACCUUAUCUCACAAAAAGACCGAUUCUUCAGCCGGCGUCAAUUCACUCAGGUCGUCGGAUUCAUGUACAACAACUUACAAGUCAAAGACCCCUACACUGGCAAAGAAUAUCCCAUUGAAAUUCCGCCACCCGCCAUCUGGAAACCACAACGCCUGUGGACUGGCAAACAGAUUUGGAAUAUCUUGAUGAAGCCACACAGCCAGUACCCAGUCAACGUCAACCUUGAAGCGAAGCUCAAGCAAUACGCUCCACCUGAGCGGAAAGGCGAUAUUCCCGAUAUGGUUGACAGCGAUUCCUACCUUGUCAUCAGGAAUAGCGAAGUCAUGUGCGGCGCUUUUGACAAAGCCACUGUCGGUGACGGCAAGAAAGACAGCGUCUUCUACGUGAUCUUGCGUGACUUUGGAUCCGACUAUGCUGCAGCUGCGAUGACCAGGCUUGCAAAACUCUCGGCUCGCUGGCUGGGCGAACAGGGCUUCUCAAUCGGUAUCAGUGAUGUGUACCCCAGUGAGAAGCUGAACAAGAGAAAGCAAAUGCUGGUAGAUGCAGCUUACGCACAGUGUGAUGAGAUCAUCGACAAGUACAGGAAAGGCAAGCUGGAGCGAAGCGCUGGAUGCAACGAAGAGGAGACGAUGGAAAUCCUACUCUCGGGUAUUCUGAGCAAGGUCCGACAACAAUGUGGUGACGCUUGUUUCGCUGAGCUGAGCAAAUUCAACGCACCGCUGACAAUGGCCAAAUGUGGGUCCAAAGGAUCCAACAUCAACGUCUCUCAGAUGGUCGCAGCUGUAGGACAGCAGAUCAUUGGAGGCAAGCGAGUCUUGGAGGGCUUCCAAGACCGUACCCUUCCGCAUUUCCCAAAAGCGAGCAAAGAUCCUCUUGCAAAAGGUUUCGUCGCCGAUAGCUUCUUCAGCGGCCUCACCCCGACCGAGUUCAUCUUUCAUGCCAUGUCCGGCAGAGAAGGACUUGUCGAUACCGCUGUCAAGACCGCAGAGACUGGUUACAUGUCACGUCGCCUGAUGAAGAGUUUGGAGGAUCUGAGUGCUCAGUAUGACUUGACGGUACGCAAUUCCUCUUCAGGAGUCGUCCAGAUGAAGUUUGGAGACGAUGGGCUUGAUCCGGUGGACAUGGAAGGUAAUGCCAAACCGGUGAAUUUUGACCGCACUUGGAUGCACGCCAUCACGAGCACGUGGGAUAACAGCGAAUGCGGACUGUCCGCAGGUGAGAUUGAGACAUAUGUGCAGGAGGUCCUCGAUAGAGAACGAGCCAAGCUGGACCGAUUUACCGACGACGGAAAGCCACUGCCUUACGAAAUCGACGAACAUGGUCUCAACGCCGAUCAGUUGGAGUACAACCGACAGUUCCUGGACCACGUUGCAGAACACAUUUUGCAGCAGCUAUCAAAGAUAAAGAAAGCGCAUGCUCGAUGGACAGACUGUGCGUCUGUCUUCAAGCUAACACAGUCUGCAUUGGAUCGCUUCCUACAACUUUGCUUGAGGAAAUUUGAGAAGUCCAAGGUUGAGGCUGGUCAUGCUGUUGGUGCUGUCGGUGCGCAGUCCAUCGGUGAGCCAGGUACGCAAAUGACCCUGAAGACUUUCCACUUUGCUGGUGUCGCCGGUAUGUCCAUCACACAGGGUGUUCCUCGUAUCAAGGAAAUCAUCAACGCAAGUAAAACAAUCAGCACGCCCGUCAUCACCUGCACACUGGACUCCAAAUACGAAGAGAUGGCUGCACGAUUCGCUAAAGCUCUCAUUGAGAAGACUUAUCUCGGCGACAUUGUGGACUAUAUCGAGGACGUAUGGCAUAGCUAUGGAUGCUACCUUCAGAUGCGCGUGAACUGGCAGCAGGUGGAGAGUCUUGGUCUGCGGAUCAACAUGUGGCAAAUCACCGAAGCAAUCGAGCGCACAAAAGGCUACAGGGCGAUGGGUGUCAGCGCGCACGCUUCAGGCGCACAACAUAUCCGCGUGAAGAUUAAUGUCCCAGACAACAAACCGAGCUCGCGCCGUGCACUCCCAGGCAAGCUCAAAAACGUCGACAGCGAUCAUUCAGAGGUUCUGUUUGUGCAGCUUCAUGAGCUCAAGCGGAAAUUGGCCCAAGUUGUUAUCAGCGGUUAUCCAGACGCACAGCGAGCCAUCAUCAAAAAGGACGACAAGAAGGACAAGGAGGGCAAAGAACCCAUUAGUGUGCUCGUCGAAGGCUACGGAUUCAAGGCAUGCAUGACCACCGAAGGUGUCAACGGUUACCACACCACAUCGAACAACAUCAUGGAAUGCAGGGACGUGCUAGGCAUCGAAGCUGCUCGAAAGACGAUCAUCAACGAAAUCUCUUCCGUCAUGGGUGGUAUGGACAUUGAUCCUCGACACAUGCAGCUGCUGGCCGAUGUCAUGACUUACAAGGGCGAAAUCUUGGGCAUCACCCGUUUCGGUCUUGCGAAGAUGCGCGACUCCGUCCUCCAGCUCGCCUCGUUCGAAAAGACCCCUGACCAUCUCUUUGAGGCUGCGGCGAAGAUGAAGAAGGAUGACAUUGAAGGUGUCAGUGAGUGUAUCAUCAUGGGACAGAGCAUGAGCGUCGGUACAGGCGCGAUGAAAGUCGUGCGGCCUCUCAAUCUGAGCGGCAUUGAGAACAACGUCGAUUUGUACGAUUUCAAGGACGCGACAAAGGGUGUCGUUACGAGCCGAAAGGAGCGGUUGAAGCAGCGGCGAAGCGGCUUCGGGAUGAGCAUGGUCAAUGGUCAUGCCAUGGAAGUCUCCGCGGCUGCUUGA